AUGGCAGAUUUGGAAAAUUUGCUCUUGGAGGCUGCGGGAAGAACUGGUACGGCUGGGAGAAAUCGGCAUUCUCUCCUAUCUUCGAGGAGACGACGUGAAGGCUCUUAUUCAGAUGGUGGGAGUGACUCUAGGGAUGAUGAUUCAGAUGAUGAACUUAAUUAUGCGAGCAGAAAGCCAUCUGGGCCGCAGAUUCCUCUGAAAAAGAGAUUAGAUCCGAGCGACAGAGAUGAUGAGUUGGGCAGUCAUGAAGAAGCGGAUGAUGGGCGAAGCGAUCGUGAAGGCGAUACAAGUGAUGAAUCAAAUAUAGGCGAUGAUCUGUAUAAAGAUGAAGACGACAGGCGUAAGCUUUCUGAGAUGAGUGAACUUCAAAGAGAGAUGAUUUUGUCAGAUAGGGCUUCGAAAAAGGACGAUAAAAGUUUAUUGGGAAAAAUAGCGUCAAAGCGUGAGAAAGGAAAAGCAGUAAUGACUGGAAAGCAGUCUCCCCCGCUGUCAUCCUCUCGCAUGCGCGCAUCAGCCAGAUCUGCUGAUAGGUCAGCCAAGAAUGAAGCAUUAAAUGAAUUGCGUGCAAAGCGAUUGAAACAACAAGAUCCAGAAGCUCACCGUAGAUUGAGAGAGGCAUCUAGAAGCUCAGGGCCCCGACACUUUUCCCCACCAAAGCGCAAAUCUUUCACAUCAGCUAAUCUCAGUAGUUCAAGCCAUAGCGAUAGUGAAAGUAGGUCUCACAGUGAUGAUGAAGGAUCAACUGGGGAUGGAGGAAUUGCUGACAGUGAUGAUGAUAGAGCAUUAUCUGGACCCGAGGGACCAUCGUUUCAGGAUAUAAAGGAAAUAACUAUCCGCAGGUCAAAACUUGCAAAAUGGUUGAUGGAGCCUUUCUUCGAGGAGUUAGUAGUUGGUUGCUUUGUAAGAGUUGGAAUCGGUAGAUCAAAAACUGGACCUAUCUACCGGCUCUGUAUGGUGAAAAAUGUCGAUUCCUCGGACCCUGAUCGACAGUAUAAGCUAGAGAACAAAACUACACACAAGUAUUUGAAUGUUGUUUGGGGAAAUGAAAGUUCUGCUGCUAGAUGGCAAAUGGCUAUGGUAAGUGACUCUGCUCCACUUGAAGAGGAAUACAAACAGUGGGUGAAGGAAGUAGAACGAAGCGGUGGCCGGAUGCCAAGCAAACAGGAUGUGUUGGACAAAAAACAAGCUAUACGUAAAACCAUUACAUUUGUCUACUCUGCAGCUACUGUGAAGCAGAUGAUACAAGAGAAAAAGUCUGCCUCGUCAAGGCCACUAAAUAUUGCUGCUGAGAAGGAUCGACUAAGGAGGGAGUUGGAUAGAGCACAAAGUAAGAACGAUGACGCAGAAGUGGAGAAGAUCAAGACAAGACUUGUAGAAUUAGAGGCAUCCAGACAUACAAAGGUGAAGGACGCCAAAGCUCUGAAGCUGGCUGAAAUGAACAGAAAAAAUAGGGUUGAGAACUUCAAGAAUGCUUCUGAAUUAAGGCCAACAAAAACCGGUUUGAAAGAAGGGGAUGCGGGUUAUGAUCCAUUUUCCAGGAGGUGGACAAGAUCAAGAAACUACUAUGUUGGGAAACCCGGUGAAAAAGCUGCCGCUGGAAAUAUUGGUACUGUUGGUGUAGUUGCUGAUGCAGGCAGCAAUGGAACUGGAGUACCAGUAACUGCGGAGUCUGGUGUGGUGGCUACUGCCGCUGCCUUGGAAGCUGCUGCUGAUGCUGGGAAGUUGGUGGAUACAAGUGCUCCAGUGGAUCAAGGGACAGAAUCAAACACGCUGCAUGGUUUUGAGCUGCCAAUCUCAUUAGCAUUACUUCAUAAGUAUGGUGGAGCCCAAGGAGCUCAAGCUGGAUUUAUGGCAAGAAAACAAAGAAUAGAAGCAACAGUUGGAUUUAAAAUCAAGGAAAAUGAUGGCAGGAGGCAUGUACUGACUCUGUCAGUUGGUGAUUACAAAAGAAGAAGAGGGCUUCUCUGA